AUGACAAGGGAGGUAGUUGCAUAUAAGAAACGAUGGUAUAAGAUCAACAAGACUGUUGCACAAUUUGCUGGUUGCUACGAUCAAGCUAGUCGAAACAUAAGAAGUGGUUCGAACGCUGAUGAUAUAAAGGAGUUUGCCUAUAACCUUUAUUCCACAAAUUAUGAAACACCGUUGGCUGACGAACUCGGUGUGGACUCUUCCGUUCGCCCACAAGGAUCAAAUAAGAGCAAGCGAAAAGGUAAGGGAAAAGCACAAAUGUCUGAAGAUUUUAGCGAAAAGAAAUCAUCGGUGGUUAAAAAGUUAUCUCUCAUGGAAGAUAUUAAGAAUGUUAGAGAAAAGGAACUAAUGGAUAGAGAAAAAGAAAGAGAAGAGGAGAGGGAACAUAGAGCAAAGAUUAUGGCAAUCAAAGAGAAGGAGUUACAAAUUCAAGCGGCAAUGAAAGAACAAGAAUUACAAGCUCAUAGGUAUAUUAAAGAAAUGGAGAUAAAUGCAAAAGAAAGGGAAAUGGAAAGGAUGGCCAAGGAAAGGGAAAGGAAAAUGGAUAUGCAAAUACUUAAUGCUGACACGUCUACAAUGAGUGAAAAACGACGAGCUCUUCAUGAGAUUGCAUGUGAGAAAAUAAUCGCCAAGUGGUUUACUUAA